GGCUUCCCUCUCUUCGUCCCCCUGGAGUGUGGCUGUUCCGGAAUCCGACGCCCCUCCCGAACCGCCCGCGGCGGGGCCCCUGCCCCAGUGACCCCGGCAGUUCAGGGGGCGGGGGUGCUGGCUGCGCCCCACGGGGGUGACCCAGUCUGACCCUGAAACGGUGCUGCCCAGCCCAGGCCGAGCCCGGUGGGAACCCCGGAAACCUUCACAGCAGACGGGCUUUGUUCAGACCUUCCUCCGUCUUCAGAGUUGCUCCCCAGUUGAAAAACACCGUCUGUUUUGAUGACUCGCCUCCCUCCUGCCAGGGUGGUCUUGCCGAGCUGAGCUGACGGAGGGGUGUCGAGAGUAAUGCCCGGGGUGUGCUGGCUGCGAACCGCAGCAGUGAGAAUUCAGCACGUCGUCUUUGCUAUUCAGAAAUUACGGUUACAACAGCCUUGUGGAGAUCUGCAGGGACCUGUAUAGUUUCUAUUUACAAUACAGAAUCCAAGGACCCCUUUCAUUGUUUCUGCACUUUGCUUGAUGUGAGGCAUUAUGGCCCCCAAAGACAUCAUGACAAACACACACGCCAAAUCCAUCCUCAACUCGAUGAACUCCCUCAGGAAGAGCAACACCUUGUGUGACGUGACCCUGAGAGUGGAGCAGAAGGACUUCCCUGCCCAUCGGAUCGUGCUGGCCGCCUGUAGCGAUUACUUCUGUGCCAUGUUCACUAGUGAGCUUUCAGAGAAGGGGAAACCUUACGUCGACAUCCAAGGUUUAACUGCCUCUACCAUGGAAAUUCUGCUGGACUUUGUGUACACAGAAACAGUGCACGUGACGGUGGAGAAUGUGCAGGAGCUGCUCCCUGCAGCCUGUCUGCUCCAGCUGAAAGGUGUGAAGCAAGCCUGCUGUGAGUUCUUAGAAAGUCAGCUGGACCCUUCUAAUUGCCUGGGUAUCAGGGAUUUUGCUGAAACGCACAGUUGUGUUGACCUGAUGCAAGCUGCCGAGGUGUUUAGCCAGAAGCACUUUCCUGAAGUGGUGCAGCACGAAGAGUUCAUCCUUCUGAGUCGCGGAGAGGUGGAGAAGCUCAUCAAGUGCGACGAGAUUCAGGUGGAUUCUGAAGAGCCGGUCUUUGAGGCCGUCAUCACCUGGGUGAAGCACGCCAAGAAGGAGCGUGAAGAGUUGCUGCCCGACCUGCUGCAGUAUGUCCGGAUGCCCCUGCUGACCCCCAGGUAUAUCACGGACGUCAUAGAUGCUGAGCCUUUCAUCCGCUGCAGCCUCCAGUGCAGGGACCUCGUCGACGAAGCAAAGAAGUUCCACCUGAGGCCCGAACUGCGGAGUAAGAUGCAGGGGCCCAGGACUCGGGCUCGUCUUGGAGCCAAUGAAGUGCUUCUGGUGGUUGGGGGCUUCGGAAGCCAGCAGUCUCCCAUCGAUGUGGUGGAAAAGUAUGACCCCAAGACUCAGGAGUGGAGCUUUUUGCCAAGCAUCACUCGGAAGAGACGUUACGUGGCCUCCGUGUCUUUGCAUGACCGGGUCUAUGUCAUUGGCGGCUACGAUGGCCGUUCCCGCCUCAGCUCAGUGGAAUGUCUGGACUACACGGCAGAUGAGGAUGGCGUCUGGUACUCCGUAGCCCCAAUGAAUGUCCGGCGUGGCCUUGCCGGCGCCACCACCUUGGGAGAUAUGAUCUACGUCUCCGGAGGCUUUGAUGGGAGCAGGCGUCACACCAGCAUGGAGCGCUAUGACCCUAACAUCGACCAGUGGAGCAUGCUGGGAGACAUGCAGACAGCCCGGGAAGGCGCAGGGCUGGUGGUGGCCGGUGGAGCGAUCUACUGUCUAGGGGGAUACGACGGCUUGAAUAUCUUAAAUUCAGUUGAGAAAUAUGACCCCCAUACAGGACACUGGACUAACGUCACACCAAUGGCCACCAAGCGCUCCGGUGCAGGAGUAGCCCUGCUGAAUGACCAUAUUUAUGUGGUGGGGGGAUUCGAUGGCACAGCUCACCUUUCUUCUGUCGAAGCGUACAACAUCCGCACCGACUCCUGGACGGCUGUCACCUGCAUGACCACCCCACGAUGCUACGUGGGGGCCACGGUACUCCGGGGCAGACUUUAUGCAAUUGCAGGAUACGAUGGGAACUCUCUGCUGAGCAGCAUCGAGUGCUAUGACCCCAUCAUUGACAGCUGGGAAGUGGUGACAUCCAUGGGAACCCAGCGCUGUGAUGCUGGCGUGUGUGUGCUCCGAGAGAAAUGACCUGUUGGAGCACCAUCCAGAGCUAGUGACCAGUCCAGGGGCCAGUUUGCAGGAGAAUCAAGAAUCGUGUCCAGAAUGUCUGUUUCUCGCUGUGUGCUCAGGGCGAUGACACGCACCGGUGCCAUGACGAUAGUCUAUUUGACACACACUCCCCUCAUGCUGAUGCCUGUCCCUGAGUCGAGUGGUGACGGACGCUCACAGGAAGAGGGUGGAUCUGAGUGGAUGUGAGAGGCCAGUCACCUCUCCUGGUCUGGGCAGCCCUUUCUAGCCGUUUUUAACUACCGUGUGCUUAGGAGGAUUUGUAUACGUUUGGCCUCAUGUGUUGCAAUGUGAAGGUGAGUGUGAACUACUGGACGUGGGCAGGGUCCAGCCUGUGUCUGGGUUAGGAUACCAACAUGAGUCAGCGUGAUGAACUCCAAGUCAUGUUUUCCAGGAAUAAAUAUCUUUCCUAGUCUGCAGGUAGCUAGUGGCAACAGUUCCACUCUGAAGGGAAACAAAGGGAAGCGCCCGGUCCCAGCCUUGGGCUUGGGAGACAUCUGUGUGACACUCCCAGGUGGGGACGGAGCUGCUGUCAGAACUGGGCUUAAUGAGUGGCCUGAACUCGAUGAGUGAGCAAACCUAGGCCUCCACUGAAGUGUGACCUGGGAGACAGGAGGGUGGUCAUUCGAAGGGUCUUCUGAUACCCUGAGUCUCUCUGAACUACAGGAGGACUUACCUUGGCACUGGCGCCUGUGCCAGAUACCAACACAGUAAAAAUUGUCAGGUGGGUGGAGUGGAGUCAGUGUGGGACAAAGUAGAAGUACCUGUGAUUUCUUAAUCGUCGUACUCCUGCCGGGGCUCCCCUCCCACCCCGAGGUUCGCCUCCCGUGGGUGAGAGGUUUUUUUUGUUGAAUCCAACACUACUGUGCUGUUACAUUUUCAUACUAUUUAUCUGGGGAGGGGUGCAGCUCCUUGGUGUCAGCCACCUUUAGGCAAACACUACGUUCUGUCUUCCUGCUGCCUGGUUCCGCACCUGUCCUUGAGAGUGACGUUCACCCCAGGACAGACAGAGGACAGCCAAAAUUCCUGCGUCAGUGCAGUGCGUGCUCUCGCCACCAUUUCUGAGCCGCCAUUCAGGGCUCGCCUGUGUGACGGAGUGAAAUCCUUGCUUUAUGGGUUUGGGGAGUGUGGGAACGUGACAACCUAAACGAGACACUUUCUGUUUACUUUGAAAUUCCAUUUUUUCCUCUCCCUGAAUUGAAUUGAAUUGAAUUGACCUAAAGAGUUAAUGUCCUUU